UCUGCUUAAAUAGUUCUUUUAAAAAUUGUUUUGCCUAUCUUCAGGCCACAGAAAGUGAAGCUGGUGAUAUGGACUUGAGCGGGUUACCAGAAAAGGCAGUGGACUCCGAGGAUGAGGAUGACGAGGAGGACAUCCAGAGGGCCUUGGACCUGCUGAUGAGCAGGGACAUCGUGUGGGACUGUCUGGAGAAGGACCUGAUCCACAGGACCCAGGAAGACAUUGAACAACUCCUGGAAUUCAUGCACCAGCUGCCUGCCUUUGCGAACAUGACGAUGUCGGUGCGGAGAGAGCUCUGUGCUGUCAUGGUUUUUGCUGUGGUGGAGAGAGCAAGGACCAUCGUGCUAAAUGAUGGUGAAGAGCUGGACUCCUGGUCUGUGAUUAUCAGUGGUUCUGUGGAAGUGACUUAGCCAAAUGGAAAAGCAGAAAUACUGUGCAUGGGAAAUAGUUUUGGAGUCAAAGAGUACAAGAAAUGAGGGAUGAGAAUGAAGGUGGAUGACUGCCAGUUUGUCUGCAUCGUGCAGCAAGAUUAUUGCCGUAUCCUCAACCAAGUGGAGAAGAACAUGCAGAAAGUCGAAGAGGAGGGAGAGAUCGUCAUGGUAAAAGAGCACCGAGAGCUUGACCGGACCGGAACCAGGAAGGGCCACAUUGUCAUCAAGGGCACCUCCGAGAGGCUGAUGAUGCAUCUGGUGGAGGAGCACUCGGUGGUGGAUCCAACCUUCAUAGAGGACUUCCUGCUGACCUACCGGACAUUCCUGUCUAGCCCAAUGGAAGUGGGCAAGAAGUUGCUGGAGUGGUUUAACGACCCGACCCUCAGGGAUAAGGUGACAUGGGUAGUCCUGCUGUGGGUGAACAAUCACUUCAGUGACUUUGAAGGAGACCCUGAAAUGACUCGAUUUCUAGAAGUGUUUGAAAAUAACAUGGAAAGAGAGAAAAUGGGCGGCCACCUCAAGCUGUUGAACCUGGCCUGUGCUGCGAAAGCCAAAGGAAGGCUGAUGACGCUGACCAAGCCGUGCCGAGAGGCCCCGCUGCCCUUCCUCUUGCUCGGUGGCUCUGAGAAGGGCUUUGGGAUCUUCGUGGACAGCGUGGACCCCGGCAGCAAAGCAGCCGAGGCCGGCUUGAAGCGUGGCGAUCAGAUAUUAGAAGUAAAUGGUCAAAACUUUGAAAAUAUCCAGCUGUCAAAAGCCAUGGAAAUUCUUAGAAAUAAUACACAUCUGUCUAUCACUGUGAAAACAAAUUUAUUUGUAUUUAAAGAACUUCUACCAAGAUUGUCAGAAGAGAAGAGAAAUGGUGCCGCACACCUCACUAAAAUCAGAGACAUCAAGAAGGCCAGCUGCUGCUCCAUCCUGGACCUGGCCGUGGACGUGGAGCAGGUGAUCGGCCUGGAGAAGGUGAACAAGAAGAGCCAAGCCAACACGGUGGGAAGGAGGAGCAAGCUAAAGAAGAUCCUCAACAAGACCCAGAUCAGCGUCUUACCUCAGAGACCAUACAAGGAUAUUGGGAUCUGUCAGCCCCAGGACCACAGCACUGUGGGGCUGCAGCAGACAAACCACAUCCCAGCCUCUCUACCUGUCAGCGAGACCUUGUCCUCCAGCAAACCCGACCUGCUGCAGUCACAUCAUAGCAUCCUGGACUUCUGUGCCACUCCUGACUUUCCAGAUCAAGUUCUGAGGGUUUUUAAGGCUGAUCAACAGAGCCGAUAUAUCAUGAUCAGUAAGGACACCACGGCGAAGGAAGUGGUCAUCCAGGCCAUCAGGGAGUUUGCCAUCACUGCCACCCCGGAUCAGUACUCGCUGUGUGAGGUCUCCGUCACCCUGGAGGGUGUCAUCAAACAAAGGUGCCUUCCAGACCAGCUCUCCAAACUUGCUGACAGAAUACAGCUGAGUGGAAGGUACUACCUGAAAAACAACAUGGAGACAAAGAUGCUGUGCUCAGACAAGGACGCGCAGGAGCUGCUACGCAAGAGCCAGAUUUUCCUGCUGCAGCUCAGCCCCGUGGAAGUCUCCAAGCAGCUCUCCAUGCGCAACUUCGAGCUCUUCCGGAACAUCGAGCCCACCGAGUACAUCGACGACCUGUUCAAGCUGAGGUCCAAAACCAGCUGUGCCAACCUGAAGAUGUUCGAGGAGGUCAUCAACCAGGAGACCUUCUGGGUGGCCUCAGAGAUUCUCAGGGAGACAAACCAACUGAAGAGGAUGAAGAUCAUUAAGCAUUUCAUCAAGAUAGCGCUGCACUGCAGGGAGUGCAAGAACUUCAACUCCAUGUUCACCAUCAUCAGUGGCCUAAACAUGGCACCAGUGGCAAGACUUCGGACCACCUGGGAAAAACUUCCCAAUAAAUAUGAAAAGCUGUUUCAGGAUCUCCAAGACCUGUUUGAUCCUUCCAGAAACAUGGCCAAGUACCGCAAUGUCCUCAACAGUCAGAACCUGCAGCCCCCCAUCAUCCCCCUGUUCCCAAUCAUCAAGAAGGAUCUCACCUUCCUGCACGAAGGAAAUGACUCAAAAGUAGAUGGACUGGUCAACUUUGAGAAGCUCAGGAUGAUUGCCAAGGAAAUUCGUCACGUGGGCCGCAUGGCCUCAGUAAACAUGGACCCGGCCCUCAUGUUCAGGACUCGGAAGAAGAAGUGGCGCAGUCUGGGGUCCCUCAGCCAGGGCAGCACAAACGCAGUGGUGCUGGAUGUUGCCCAGACAGGCGGGCACAAGAAGCGGGUGUGCCGCAGUUCCUUCCUCAAUGCCAAGAAGCUCUACAAGGACACCCAGAUGGCUCGCAAAGUGAAGCAGUACCUGUCCAACCUGGAGCUCGAGAUGGACGAGAAGAGCCUGCAGAUGCUGUCGCUGCAGUGUGAGCCAGCGACCAGCACUCUGCCUAAGCACCCUGGUGACAAAAGGCCCCUCAAGUCUGAGACCUCCCAGGUGGCGCCCAGGGCAGAGUGCCAGCAGAAGGCUCAGCCGCAGCCCCUGCCAAAGCCACAGCCAGUGCAGAAGCUUGGCCAGGGCCUGCAGGUGACCGCCAUGUCCCUCUACCCGUCCCCAAGGAAGAUGCCUGUCAAGGAACUCCCGCCCUUCGGCAUAAACUCUCCGCAAGCUUUAAAGAAGAUCCUCUCGCUGUCUGAAGAAGGCAGUCUGGAGCGCCACCCAAAGCAGGCGGAGGACAUGCUGUCCAGCGCGUCCUCCAAGCUCUUGUCUUCACCCACAUCCCCGCAGAGCUCGCCCAGGAAAGGUUACACCCUGGCCCCCAGCUGGAGCGUGGACAACUUCUCCGACUCUGGCCACAGCGAGAUCUCCUCUAGGUCCGGUAUGGUCAGAAACUCCUCCUUGGACUCGGUGCCCAUGGCCCUGCAGGAGGAGCGGAGGCAGCAGCACUCCGUGAGCCUGGUGGAGAUCGGCCUGGGCGUUGUCAGGGCAGAGCAGCAGACAGUGCUAGAGCCAGACCAGUACAGCCUGGGGUCCUAUGCAGCCAUGGCCCUGGCCCAGGACGUGUUUGCCACAGCCAUGGUGCUCUCGCAGGACCAGGGCUAUUGCACGUCCCUGCAUGCCGCCAACAGUGGCCAUGGGAGCUGGACCUCAUGCUCCAGUGACUCGCACAACAACAUCCAGACCAUCCAGCACCUGAGGAGCUGGGAGACGCCACUGUUCGGGCCUGUGCUCUGCGAUUACCCCGGGGACCCCAUGGGGCCCUGGGCCAGCAGGAGCCACCUGGACCACUUGAUUUUUGCCGAGGAUGGCCAGAAGGGCGACAGACAGAACCCAAUCGAAGAAAGCCUGGAGCAGGCGCAGUCCAGGGCCUGCUGGGCCUCUCCCACUGGCUGCAAGGACAUGUCCCUUGAGGCCGAGAAUGGCAGCAGCCUGGCGCCCGCGCCCACAGAGGAGCCCAAGGCUGGCCCUGUGCCAGCCCUCAGGGUGGCCACCUCGAGCGCUACCAAGGGGCUGGUCGGCAUAAACUCUCCGCAAGCUUUAAAGAAGAUCCUCUCGCUGUCUGAAGAAGGCAGUCUGGAGCGCCACCCAAAGCAGGCGGAGGACAUGCUGUCCAGCGCGUCCUCCAAGCUCUUGUCUUCACCCACAUCCCCGCAGAGCUCGCCCAGGAAAGGUUACACCCUGGCCCCCAGCUGGAGCGUGGACAACUUCUCCGACUCUGGCCACAGCGAGAUCUCCUCUAGGUCCGGUAUGGUCAGAAACUCCUCCUUGGACUCGGUGCCCAUGGCCCUGCAGGAGGAGCGGAGGCAGCAGCACUCCGUGAGCCUGGUGGAGAUCGGCCUGGGCGUUGUCAGGGCAGAGCAGCAGACAGGCCCCAUGGGACAACCCCAUCCUGGACCCUCCUUGAGUACUCGUGGCUCCUUCUCCACAAACCAUGCCGACCUCCUGGCCCUCGUGGACCUGCGGACUGCCCUGUCCCCUACCACAGAGUCCUAUGCAGCCAUGGCCCUGGCCCAGGACGUGUUUGCCACAGCCAUGGUGCUCUCGCAGGACCAGGGCUAUUGCACGUCCCUGGAUGCCGCCAACAGUGGCCAUGGGAGCUGGACCUCAUGCUCCAGUGACUCGCACAACAACAUCCAGACCAUCCAGCACCUGAGGAGCUGGGAGACCCCACUGUUCGGGCCUGUGCUCUGCGAUUACCCCGGGGACCCCAUGGGGCCCUGGGCCAGCAGGGGCCACCUGGACCACUUGAUUUUUGCCGAGGAUGGCCAGAAGGGCGACAGACAGAUCCCAAUCGAAGAAAGCCUGGAGCAGGCGCAGUCCAGGGCCCGCUGGGCCUCUCCCACUGGCUGCAAGGACAUGUCCUUUGAGGCCGAGAAUGGCAGCAGCCUGGCGCCCGCGCCCAUAGAGGAGCCCAAGGCUGGCCCUGUGCCAGCCCUCAGGGUGGCCACCUCGAGCGCUACCAAGGGGCUGGUCGGCAUAAACUCUCCGCAAGCUUUAAAGAAGAUCCUCUCGCUGUCUGAAGAAGGCAGUCUGGAGCGCCACCCAAAGCAGGCGGAGGACAUGCUGUCCAGGGCGUCCUCCAAGCUCUUGUCUUCACCCACAUCCCCGCAGAGCUCGCCCAGGAAAGGUUACACCCUGGCCCCCAGCUGGAGCGUGGACAACUUCUCCGACUCUGGCCACAGCGAGAUCUCCUCUAGGUCCGGUAUGGUCAGAAACUCCUCCUUGGACUCGGUGCCCAUGGCCCUGCAGGAGGAGCGGAGGCAGCAGCACUCCGUGAGCCUGGUGGAGAUCGGCCUGGGCGUUGUCAGGGCAGAGCAGCAGACAGGCCCCAUGGGACAACCCCAUCCUGGACCCUCCUUGAGUACUCGUGGCUCCUUCUCCACAAACCAUGCCGACCUCCUGGCCCUCGUGGACCUGCGGACUGCCCUGUCCCCUACCACAGAGUCCUAUGCAGCCAUGGCCCUGGCCCAGGAUGUGUUUGCCACAGCCAUGGUGCUCUCGCAGGACCAGGGCUAUUGCACGUCCCUGGAUGCCGCCAACAGUGGCCAUGGGAGCUGGACCUCAUGCUCCAGUGACUCGCACAACAACAUCCAGACCAUCCAGCACCUGAGGAGCUGGGAGACCCCACUGUUCGGGCCUGUGCUCUGCGAUUACCCCGGGGACCCCAUGGGGCCCUGGGCCAGCAGGGGCCACCUGGACCACUUGAUUUUUGCCGAGGAUGGCCAGAAGGGCGACAGACAGAUCCCAAUCGAAGAAAGCCUGGAGCAGGCGCAGUCCAGGGCCCGCUGGGCCUCUCCCACUGGCUGCAAGGACAUGUCCCUUGAGGCCGAGAAUGGCAGCAGCCUGGCGCCCGAGCCCACAGAGGAGCCCAAGGCUGGCCCUGUGCCAGCCCUCAGGGUGGCCACCUCGAGCGCUACCAAGGGGCUGGUCGGCAUAAACUCUCCGCAAGCUUUAAAGAAGAUCCUCUCGCUGUCUGAAGAAGGCAGUCUGGAGCGCCACCCAAAGCAGGCGGAGGACAUGCUGUCCAGCGCGUCCUCCAAGCUCUUGUCUUCACCCACAUCCCCGCAGAGCUCGCCCAGGAAAGGUUACACCCUGGCCCCCAGCUGGAGCGUGGACAACUUCUCCGACUCUGGCCACAGCGAGAUCUCCUCUAGGUCCGGUAUGGUCAGAAACUCCUCCUUGGACUCGGUGCCCAUGGCCCUGCAGGAGGAGCGGAGGCAGCAGCACUCCGUGAGCCUGGUGGAGAUCGGCCUGGGCGUUGUCAGGGCAGAGCAGCAGACAGGCCCCAUGGGACAACCCCAUCCUGGACCCUCCUUGAGUACUCGUGGCUCCUUCUCCACAAACCAUGCCGACCUCCUGGCCCUCGUGGACCUGCGGACUGCCCUGUCCCCUACCACAGAGUCCUAUGCAGCCAUGGCCCUGGCCCAGGACGUGUUUGCCACAGCCAUGGUGCUCUCGCAGGACCAGGGCUAUUGCACGUCCCUGGAUGCCGCCAACAGUGGCCAUGGGAGCUGGACCUCAUGCUCCAGUGACUCGCACAACAACAUCCAGACCAUCCAGCACCUGAGGAGCUGGGAGACCCCACUGUUCGGGCCUGUGCUCUGCGAUUACCCCGGGGACCCCAUGGGGCCCUGGGCCAGCAGGGGCCACCUGGACCACUUGAUUUUUGCCGAGGAUGGCCAGAAGGGCGACAGACAGAUCCCAAUCGAAGAAAGCCUGGAGCAGGCGCAGUCCAGGGCCCGCUGGGCCUCUCCCACUGGCUGCAAGGACAUGUCCCUUGAGGCCGAGAAUGGCAGCAGCCUGGCGCCCGCGCCCACAGAGGAGCCCAAGGCUGGCCCUGUGCCAGCCCUCAGGGUGGCCACCUCGAGCGCUACCAAGGGGCUGGUCGGCAUAAACUCUCCGCAAGCUUUAAAGAAGAUCCUCUCGCUGUCUGAAGAAGGCAGUCUGGAGCGCCACCCAAAGCAGGCGGAGGACAUGCUGUCCAGCGCGUCCUCCAAGCUCUUGUCUUCACCCACAUCCCCGCAGAGCUCGCCCAGGAAAGGUUACACCCUGGCCCCCAGCUGGAGCGUGGACAACUUCUCCGACUCUGGCCACAGCGAGAUCUCCUCUAGGUCCGGUAUGGUCAGAAACUCCUCCUUGGACUCGGUGCCCAUGGCCCUGCAGGAGGAGCGGAGGCAGCAGCACUCCGUGAGCCUGGUGGAGAUCGGCCUGGGCGUUGUCAGGGCAGAGCAGCAGACAGGCCCCAUGGGACAACCCCAUCCUGGACCCUCCUUGAGUACUCGUGGCUCCUUCUCCACAAACCAUGCCGACCUCCUGGCCCUCGUGGACCUGCGGACUGCCCUGUCCCCUACCACAGAGUCCUAUGCAGCCAUGGCCCUGGCCCAGGACGUGUUUGCCACAGCCAUGGUGCUCUCGCAGGACCAGGGCUAUUGCACGUCCCUGGAUGCCGCCAACAGUGGCCAUGGGAGCUGGACCUCAUGCUCCAGUGACUCACACAACAACAUCCAGACCAUCCAGCACCUGAGGAGCUGGGAGACGCCACUGUUCGGGCCUGUGCUCUGCGAUUACCCCUUGGACCCCAUGGGGCUCUGGGCCAACAGGGGCCACCUGGACCACUUGAUUUUUGCCGAGGAUGGCCAGAAGGGCAACAGACAGAACCCAAUCGAAGAAAGCCUGGAGCAGGCGCAGUCCAGGGCCCGCUGGGCCUCUCCCACUGGCUGCAAGGACAUGUCCCUUGAGGUCGAGAAUGGCAGCUGCCUGUCGCCCACUCCCAACGAUGAGCCCAAGGCUGGCCCUGUGCCAGCCCACGGGGCUGCCACCUCGAGCGCUACCAAGGGGCUGGUCGUGUGGAAGGAGGGCCUGUACCCAGAGCCACCGCCAACCCCGCCUGGCUACUUGGGCAUCCUGAUCACAGACUUCGAGGUGCCUCCGAAUCCAGCACUCCGGCCCCCAGAGUACACUGUGGCGCUGCAGAGCUCAUGCAUGGUGGUGCGGCCCGCGGAGGUCUCAUCCUUGGCACCGGGCGGCAGACCACAGUGGCACAAGCCCAGUGAGGCUGAUCCCCGUCUGGCCCCCUGCCAGGAUCAGGGCUUCUGCAAGGAGGAAGAUGAGGAUGAGCAGGUGUCUGCCCUGUGAGGCCCAGGCCCGGGCAUCGAGCCACGCAGAGGAGCGCACAGAGGACAGCAUCCUACCUGGGCCUCAGAGCAGAGCUUGCCCUGCUACUGAGGACCUUCACUGCCUGCAGUGGGCUGCUCCUCCUACCCCUUUGCAUGUGAAUACUGUGAAGACCACCUCACCAGCACUUUCCAGACUUUGUUGCUUGAAAUGCACAGAGCAGCUAUCUCCCAGUGUAGUGGGCCUUGCCCACAUAGCAUCAUUCCAGAUCCCCCAUGCUGGGGCCCACCGGAGCCACUCCCUGGGCGAGCUCUCUGUGCCUGGAAGGAAGGCUUUGAAAGGCCUCCCUGUUGGAUCCUAGCUCAGCCCCAGAGCUCAGUGUCAUCAGGAUGAUAAGCAGAGCCUGCCACGGAGACUUGGGACCUCCAGCCCCCAGGUGAGGGACUGGAGACCCUUAGAGCGCAGUGCUUGUCCUCUUGUUUACAGUGCUCCUUUUGAAAAUGAGUUCCAAGAGUCAAGGUUAUAGCCCUUUGAUGAUUGCAGUAUUAUUUCUGAACCUCAUGUAGGUUACCACCUGGGUUUCUAAAAACCCAAAUGUUCUGUCGGGGCGCAGCCAGGUGAGGAUGGAAGGCCUGGCCCUUCCAGUCCAGCCUCUGCCCCCUGCCUCCUCCACGGCGGCAGGCCAUCCUCUGGCCAGGCCUUGGACCUGGAGUGUGUCCUGCUUCCACUGAGACAAGGUGGCAGCCCCUUAAGUUAUAUUUCUUUGAUUUUAGUUACUUUAGAGCUUCCGAAUUUUUUGUUUUGUUGUCUUUUUGAAGAAUAGCUUGUAACUGGAUAGCAUUCGCAGUGAGUGCAGCACUGGCCCUGGGACUGA